AGAAAGGCAAGCGUUUAAUUAAUAAAUAGAUGCGUUUGGUCAACAGCAGCAUAAAUGCCCUUUUCAAUACUGCAUGAGAAGAGCACUGGAGAAUUAUUAGUCCACGACACGUGAGUAAAUGGAGGGCGAUCCUCGAGAGGCGCUGCUGGUGAAGCCUGUUGAAGAAGAUGAGGUUGAUUUGAAGACGAAGCUAUGGGUGGAGAACAAGAAGAUGUGGGUGGUCGCUGGACCGGCCAUUUUCACUCGAUUUUCCACCUUUGGAAUAAAUGUUAUCAGCCAAGCAUACGUGGGCCACAUCGGUGCUACUGAGCUUGCUGCCUAUGCUCUUGUUUUCACUCUCCUUACUCGAUUUGCCAACGGAUUGCUGUUGGGAGCGGCCAAUGGAUUGGAAACGCUGUGCGGGCAAGCUUAUGGCGCGAGGCAGUAUCACAUGCUUGGAAUAUACCUCCAAAGAUCAUGGAUUGUUUUGAUUUUCCUCACCACUGCACUAGUGCCUGUCUAUGUUUUUGCAACCCCUAUCUUGAUAGCCCUCGGGCAGGAUGAAGAUAUUGCAAAAGAGGCAGGGAAGAUCGCCCUCUGGUUCAUCCCGGUCAUAUACUCUUUCAUCGUGUCAUUUACCUGCCAGAUGUACUUACAAGCGCAGAGCAAGAACAUGAUAAUAACAUAUUUGGCGGUGUUAUCCUUGACUAUCCACAUUUUCCUUUCGUGGCUUUUAACCGUGAAGUAUCAUUAUGGUGUACCUGGUGCAAUGGUGUCCACUAUCUUGGCCUACUGGAUUCCAAACAUCGGCCAGCUAAUUUUUGUCACUUGCGGAGGAUGCCCUGAAACUUGGAGUGGCUUUUCGACCUUAGCCUUCAAAGAUCUUUGGCCAGUUAUCAAAUUUUCCAUGUCGUCCGGUGCCAUGCUCUGUCUCGAGCUAUGGUACAAUGCCAUACUGAUCCUUUUGACGGGAAAUUUGAAGAAUGCUAGGGUCGCGGUUGAUGCUCUUUCGAUCUGCCUUAACAUAAAUGGCUGGGAAAUGAUGAUAUCGCUUGGUUUCUUGGCUGCCGCAAGUGUACGGGUCUCAAACGAGCUUGGAAGGGGGGACUCUAAAGCUGCAAAGUUUUCUAUUGUGAAUAUUGUCGUGACUUCAACGUCCAUAGGACUAGUGCUUUUCGUAUUUUUCCUAUUCUUUCGUGAACGUCUAGCUUACAUAUUCACAAACGACGAAGAUGUGGCUGUGGAAGUUGCUCACUUGUCUCCUCUGCUGGCAUUCUCCAUUCUCAUGAAUAGUGUUCAACCAGUUCUUUCUGGCGUCGCAGUGGGGGCUGGGUGGCAGAGCGUUGUGGUAUACGUCAACCUAGGAUGUUAUUACCUGAUAGGAAUUCCUAUCGGGGUCAUACUGGGUUAUGUCAUCAAGCUAGAAGUCGAGGGAGUGUGGAUUGGAAUGCUAAUGGGGACGUUGGUUCAAACUAUAGUACUAAUGAUCAUAACCAAGAGAACAGAUUGGGAUAAGCAGGUCUCAGUUGCACGGACGAGACUGAAACGGUUUUUCGUGGACGAUCAACCAACUGAUGGGUCAUCGGCUCUAUGAAUGUUCAUCAUCUUCUUUUAUUGCAUUGAAUUACAUUGAUGUGGUUGAAACCAUAACUAAGAUUAGUAAUGAUGGGCCUCUGGGAUUUGGAGUCGUUUUUAGUAGUAUCAUUGAUCUCAAACACAUUUGUUGGAACGAAUUUAGCCUCACAAUGAAAAAGACAGUCUAUUUUUACAUAAA